AUGGAUUUCUUAGUCGGUACUUAUGGAGAAUGGACGAACCCGUUGGUGAUCCCGCUAGACAACAUUUACUAUCAGGGAUUCCGGCUUCACGUCACUUUGACUGAAAUGAGUGGUGAACCAAUCGAUGAAUGGACAGCAAGCUUUGCUAAUGCCUCACAACUUCAAGAUAUUUUCACAUAUACGAGUCACCGUGAGGGACUUUUGGGAACAUCGCUAACAGUUGCUUGGAAGACAAAUGAAGUUCUUCCACCAACACCUCCUCCUACAACUGUCACAACGACUACAGUUCCUACGACGACAACUCCCCAGGGUUUGAAAAAAAAACUCGCUUUCUUCAUUGAAGCUAUCAAGGGAAUAAUUUGCCAUUCAGGAGAUGUNGUUUAUCAGGCUAACAGUUGCUUGGAAGACAAAUGA